AUGGAUAUCGAUAUGGACACGGGCAUGGUGCCCAUGCCCCAGGUCCCCAUGGGCACAGCACGCACAGGAGCAACUAUUCUUUGCUGCAACUGCGGCGCCCCCAUCGACGGCACCGCCUCCGCCGGCGCGCUCUGUUACGACUGCAUCAAAUCCACCGUCGACAUUUCACAAGGUAUCCCCCGCGAAGGGACACUGCAGGUCUGUCGAGACUGCGACCGAUGGUUAAUGCCGCCGACUAGCUGGGUGACAGCCGCACUGGAAUCGAGAGAGCUGCUAUCGCUAUGUCUUAAGCGGUUACGGAAUUUGGGCAAGGUCCGGAUUAUCGACGCCCGCUUUGUCUGGACAGAACCCCACUCUCGACGUAUCAAGGUCAAGAUUACGGUUCAGGACUCCGUGGCGGACGGUGUUCUGAUGCAACAGAGCUUCGAGGUGGUCUACGUCGUCACCAACCAACAAUGCCGGGAGUGCGCCAAGUCGUAUACCGCCAACGUGUGGCGUGCCGCCGUGCAGGUCCGCCAGAAAGUGACCCACAAGAGGACGUUUUUGCUGUUGGAGCAGUUGAUUCUCAAACACCAGGCGCAUCGGGACACAAUAAACAUCAAAGAGGAGAAAGAUGGCAUCGACUUUUAUUUUGCGCAUAGGAAUCAAGCUGAGGCUUUCAUCCAUUUCCUGAAGUCGGUCGUACCAGUUCACACGAAGGAAUCGAGGCAUCUCAUUUCCGCCGAUACACACACGGGCAACAAGUCGUACAAAUUCAACUAUUCCGCCGAGAUUGUUCCAGUAUGUCGCGACGACCUCGUUGCGCUACCACUGAAACUCGCCAAAUCGCUCGGUAACAUCUCCCCACUAGUACUCUGCUGGAGGAUAGGCACGUCCGUCAAUUUGCUCGACCCCAACACCCUCCAAACAGCCGAACUCAGCUCCGAUGCCUACUGGCGCGCUCCGUUCCACCCACUAGCCGGCACCCCAGAAAUGGUUGAGUUUAUCGUCAUGGACAUUGAGCCCACAGGUCAACGGAAGGGCAAAUGGGUACUAGGGGAGGCGACUGUGACGCGCGCGUCCGACCUCGGCGUCAACGACAACACCUACUUUGCCCGUACUCACCUGGGUAGCCUGCUCCGGCCGGGCGACUCUGCGAUGGGUUACAUGCUGACGGGUACCAACUUCAACUCGGACUCUCUCGACGCGAUCGAGAACUCGCGCGCGUACGGGUCAACGAUCCCUGACGUGGUGCUCGUCAAGAAGCACUACGCCAACCGCCGCAAGAACAAGCGGCGGAACUGGAAGCUCAAGCGCAUGGCGAAGGAUGAAGGCGAUCUGCUGCCCAAGCCGGUGGAUCAGGCUCGUCUUGAUGCCGAAUACGAACAGUUCCUGCGGGAUGUGGAAGAAGAUGAGGACUUGCGGCAGGCGCUGGCACUGUACAAGAACACCAAGAAGAAGAAGCCGGAUGUGGAUGCGAUGAGUAUUGCGGAGACCGAGAUGACGGUGGAGGAGGAUGAUGGGCCGAAGGUCAACAUGGAUGAGCUGCUGGAUGACUUUGAUGAGCUGGAGAUUGCGGAUAAGGAGGAGGAGGAGGAGGAAGUUUAG